AUGGCUGGUCUCGUACACAACACUUUGGUCAACGGAGGAGGCCAAGGAGGGCAUGGGGUUGUGGGGCAGAGACCGGUCAUCCUGCCCCCGUCCACAUUGCCGAGUCUUGACAGUGAAGACAAAGAGGAGUGCGUCGAAGAGGAUAACAACGGAUCUCCGCCCGACGAGCUGGACAUUGUCAUCAACAAUGUCGUUUGUAGUUUCUCCGUGGGCUGCCACCUUAAUCUGCGACAGAUCGCUCUCACGGGAGCGAACGUCGUUUUCCGUCGAGAGUCGGGGAUGGUAUCGAUGAAACUCCGGAAUCCAUACACGACGGCGAGCAUUUGGUCAUCAGGGAAGAUUACUUGUACAGGAGCAACAAGCGAAAACACUUCGAAGAUCGCUGCUCGGAGAUUCGCCCGGACGCUCCAAAAACUGGGGUUUAAGGCUCGUUUUAAGAACUUCAAAGUUGUCAACGUCCUUGGAACUUGCACAAUGCCUUUUGCAAUCCGAUUGGUUCCUUUUUCCCAGACCAACAAGCCAAUCGCACAAUAUGAACCUGAAUUGCAUCCGGGCGUCACUUAUAAAAUCAAAGAAAUCAGGGCCUCGUUGAAGAUAUUCUCUACCGGUAGCAUAACUGUCACAGCACCUUCGGUAUCGGCCGUUCAGCAAUCGAUCGAGCGAAUAUUCCCCUUGGUGUACGAGCAUCGCAAGGAAAGAACCUGUCCGGAAGACAUGCCUCGAGCUCACAAUGCAGCUCGAAAAGAAAAAUUGGCCGCAAUAAGGAACCAGGUACCAUACGGGAUCUCUAUCGACGAGGACGACGCUCUCGAGGUGGAAGAGCAUUACUACGAUUCGGACCAGAGCUGGGGUUGA